GAUCCCCUGGACACCAACUACAGGAUCCCCCCAGGCCCCUCCAGAGACCAAUUACGUAAGAUUUCGUCAAAGUUCAAGACGUUCACCACCGCUGUGGACGGGUACCACCCCAAGCACUUCUCCCAGCUCUCAGAAGGCGCCCUAGAGGUCAUGGAAGGUAUCGUAAACACCAUGAAUGUUCUAGGAAGUAGCCCUUCGGCGCUGAAGGAACUGAUUGUUGCAUUAUUCCGCAAGACGACUGGAGGUCGAAGGCCCAUCGGCUUUUUCAAGAGCUUCAGCCGCAUUUACUCCAGGAGCCUAUCUCACCACUGCCGCGAAUGGGAACGCAACUCGGCCAAGUCGAAACACUUCAACAUGGCCCCUCAUAGGCACACUACAGACUCCGUCUGGAGGGCGGUGGUGAGAGGCGACAUCGCAGAUCAUUCAGGCAAGUUUGUCGCUACCCUCCUGGCAGAUUUAAAGCAGUGCUACGAGCACAUUGGCCAUCACACAAUGCUCAGCGAGGGCAUAAGGUGUGAUUUCCCUUUGUUCGCUUUGAAGGCGGCGCUCGACUCUUACAGAUGGCCAAGGAGGCUACUCAUGGACAACGCAGUUGGCGAGCCCCUCUACCCCACCAGAGGGAUUGUAGCGGGCUCCUCCACGGCCACCUUCGAAGUUAAAGGAUACAUGAUUCCGACGAUCCGCGACACGACGAUCAACGAAGGCACGUCUCUCUCGAUUCACAUUGACGACCUGGCGUUCGACUCGAUAGGAUGUACUGUAGAAACGUGUUUGAACGGCUUGGCGGAUCUUGCAGCUAGGAUUUUUCAUAAGUUCACGUAUACCCUCGAGCUCCCUAUCCAUAUGAAGAAGCUUAACUUCACGGCUAACAACUUCGAGAUUUUGAAGCAAGCUCCUGGGGCUCUUGGGGAAUACUCUGGGUCCAUCAAGAAUUCCAUUACCAAUCUGGGGGUGGACUAUAACGUGGGGAAGAUCAGGGCCGCUAAAGGAUGCAGAUCGAAAAAGAUGUCCAGAUGGAAGGAGAACAUGAAACGUCUCCCCAAAAUCUGUCGGCUUCGAGAUCGCAAACAAGGCAAGCCCAAAAAGGUCAAAAUAUACACCUGCGGAGUCAAGCCCUCCAUAUGCUAUGGGGAAGAAGUCUCAGGACAUUCGCCUCAGGAAAUAAAAAAGUUAAGAGUUCAGAUUGCACGGCUUCUCGGCAUUUGGUCGCCUGGCUGCGACAUCAACAUUUGCUGGCUCAUGAAGCCAGAGUCCGACCCCAUCUCCCACGCCAGUGCCACCCUCAAGAGGUAUUGCAGAGAGUGGUGGAUGACCACGGACAGCCAGAUUAAGCCGCCAGAUGCCCUCAGCCCGAAGGAGCUCCGCCAGAGCUACGAGUUCUCUCAGAGGUUUUUUGAUCAAGCACCUCGGGGGAAGGGCUGGGCCUACAAGGUCAGGAGCCCUCUCACGGACUCCCUUUUCUGGACGGAGCAGGCAGGCUGGCAUAUCAAAGGCCCCACGACGGUCAAGACCAGCAAUGAGCUCGAGCUCAAGAUCACGGAGUCCUCACCUGCGCUCAUACAGAAGCUGUUCACGGCAGACCUGAGGCAGAAGUUUUUGGAAAGCUCGGUGUGCAAAAAACUUUGCGAGCCCGAGGUCCCUGACGAUUACAUUCACCCCAGGGCCAACGAGAUCAGAAAUCGAGGUUUGUGGGGUUUCCCUUUCAGUAAGGUCUGGAACAGCAGCAAGUGGAGCUACGAUUCAAAGAGACGCUUGAGAGAUUUAAUAUGCAGCACGACUCCCACCAGCCACCUCCUUUGGAAGCGAGGUUUCAAGGUGGAGCCGACCUGCCUGUACUGCGGCCUGUGCGACACUGUCUUCCAUAGGUCCGCUGGUAAGGAUCCCCUCUACACCCAGCUGUGGAUCCCCGUGCCCGAAAUCAAGACAUUUCCUCCUGAUGAUGAUUUAGUUGAGUAUUGCGACAGGGUCGGCGAAAUUGACGAGUUCGAUUUCACGUGCCCCACCGAGAUCUUCAUCGAUGGAGGUACCCUCAAAACGCUGCCUGGGCGGAACAUCACGGGCUCCUCCAAGGACUACGCCACCUGUGGCAAGAUCCUGCAAGAUUCGAUGAAGAGGCAGAUAUUUUCGCAGACUGCAGGCCACUGGCGAGCCAUUCAGAGAUUGGACAAGCAGUUACCAUACACAAAGUCAAGGCUCACCAGACUCUCCAGCGAGGAGAUCGUGAAUGGGCAGACCAACUACGAGUAA